CCGGAAGUAGCUGUUUGGUGACGCUUUUACGAGGCGUUUAGUUAAAAUGGGUUCCACUUAGUUUCGUAUUCCUUUUUCUUUUAAUAAAUUCAGCGGAUUAUUAGACAAACUGUUCUCAUGUUUAUCUGUUAAAAAGGACAACGCGCGCCAUUGGCAGUACUUGGGAUUCUUGCGGACCUUCGCUUAAAAUGGAAGAGGAGUUCUACAAUCCCAGUGCGGACUGGGAAGGCCAGGACGGCGGCAUGGAUGAUGGCUACAUAGAGGGUGAAAUGGAUGGGAAGGUCCAGGAGGAGUGUGUCCAAAAAUUCACUAGUCGAGAUUAUAUCAUGGAACCAAGCAUCUUUAAUACUCUGAAGGUGUAUUUUCAGGCUGGUGGCUCUCCAGAGCAUGUCAUUCAGCUUCUUUCUGAGAACUACACAGCUGUAGCCCAGACAGUAAACCUGUUGGCAGAGUGGCUUAUUCAGAUGGGAGUGGAACCUGCCCAGGUCCAAGAGAGAGUGGAAAACCAUCUGAAAGCUUUACUUAUUAAGCACUUUGAUCCACAAAAAGCAGAUUCCAUCUUUACAGUAGAAGGAGAGACUCCUGCUUGGUUAGAACAAAUGAUUGCCCACACAACAUGGCGAGACCUCUUCUACAAAUUAGCUGAAGCCCAUCCAGAUUGUCUGAUGUUAAACUUUACUGUAAAGCUCAUAUCAGAUGCUGGCUACCAGGGAGAAAUCACCAGUGUCUCAACGGCCUGCCAGCAGCUAGAAGUGUUUUCUAGAGUGUUGCGGACCUCUUUAGCAACGCUGUUGGAUGGUGGGGAAGAAAAUCUGGAGAAGAACUUACCAGAAUUUGCAAAAAUGGUUUGCCAUGGGGAGCACACCUACCUGUUUGCUCAAUCAAUGAUGUCAAUCUUGGCCCAGGAAGAGCAGGGGGGAUCUGCAGUUCGGCGUAUUGCCCAGGAGGUCCAAACGUCCGCUCAUAAACGGGGCCAUGAUGCCAGUCAGAUCACAUUGGCCCUCGGAACAGCAGCUGCCUACCCUCGGGCCUGCCAGGCACUCGGUGCUAUGUUGUCUAAAGGAGCCUUGAAUCCUGCGGAUAUCACCGUCCUUUUUAAAAUGUUCACCAGUAUGGAUCCUCCCCCUGUUGAGUUGAUUAGAGUUCCAGCUUUCCUUGACCUUUUUAUGCAGUCUCUCUUCAAACCGGGUGCAAAAAUCAACCAGGAUCAUAAACACAAAUAUAUUCACAUCUUGGCCUAUGCCGCUAGUGUGGUAGAAAUGUGGAAAAAGAAUAAACGGGUGAGCAUCAACAAGGAUGAGCUGAAGUCCACUUCAAAGGCCAUUGAGACUGUCCACAACUUGUGCUGCAAUGAGAACAAAGGAGCCACAGAGCUGGUAGCAGAGUUGAGCACACUGUACCAGUGCAUCAGGUUUCCAGUUGUAGCAAUGGGCGUGCUGAAGUGGGUUGACUGGACAGUUUCAGAGCCUCGGUAUUUUCAGCUUCAGACUGAUCACACUCCUGUUCAUCUGGCCUUGUUGGAUGAGAUCAGCACAUGUCACCAGUUGCUGCACCCACAGGUCCUUCAGUUACUCACAAAACUAUUUGAGACGGAGCAUCUGCAGCUGGAUGUCAUGGAGCAGCUAGAGCUAAAGAAGACUUUACUGGACAGAAUGGUCCACCUACUGAGCAGGGGGUAUGUGCUGCCUGUUGUGGCCUACAUCCGCAAGUGUCUGGAGAAGCUCAAUACUGACAUUUCUUUGAUCAGACAUUUUGUAACCGAGGUCUUGGAUGUGAUCGCACCGCCUUACACCACAGAUUUUGUGCAGCUUUUCUUGCCCAUUUUGGAAAAUGAAAGUAUUGCUGGAACAAUCAAGGCAGAAGGAGAACACGACCCAGUGACGGAGUUUAUAGCUCACUGCAAAGCAAACUUCAUCAUGAUGGUAUAACGGGCAGGUGAUGCGAUGGCACAAUGAAUGGCUUGUUCAACAGAUACAGACCUUCCAUCUUCAUUUUUCACAUGACAAUGAGUCGCACUGAAUUUUGAGGUAGAGGUAAAAACGGCCAUUGAGUCGUGUUCUGUGAUAAAAUUACUACUUUAUGAACUGAGGAGAUGUAUGGUGAGCAUCAAACUACACAUUGUGGUGCUCUGAAAGGAAACUGAACCAGACCAGUGCCACUGAUUGGCCUAAUGUACUCCAGAGCCGCUGCUACUCCCAGACUGGCGUGCUGGACUUUUUUUUUUUUUUUUUAAAUCACAAAAAAUAAAAACAAAUUCAGACA